UGUCGCUUCUCUGUGGUAGGUGUUCUCGGGUCCUGUUCUCUUCACAAUUCUGUCACAGCAUUGAUGAGCGUUGUGAUUCUGUACUUUGUAUGGAAUAUUUAGUGGUAUUUGUUAGCAAAGUGUAGGGAUAGAGAUAAAUUAAACUUAUUUGGAUUCAAUUAACACAACAGAAAAAUGAGUAGGUUUUUUGCUGGAUCCGACUCUGAUUCGGAUAGUUCUUCAGAAGAGGAGCAAAUUCAGCGCCCCCAAGUUCCAGUCUACACUUUCAGUGAUGACGAAGAGGAAGAAAAGAGGGUUGUGCGGUCUGCUAAGGAAAAGCGCUAUGAAGAACUUACAAACAUUAUCAAACAAAUUCGUAAUUUCAAAAAAAUCAAGGAUAUGACUAGCAUGCUAAAUAGUUUCGAACUUUUACAAAAGGCCUAUACGAAGGCCACUCCAGUAAUAACAAAGGAUGAUAACGGACAAAUUCCACGUUUCUUCAUCAGAUGCUUGACGGAAAUGGAAGAUUUCAUCAAUGAUAUGUGGGAAGAUAAAGAGGGGCGCAAAAAUAUGAACAAGAAUAACAGUAAGUCACUGGGUUCAAUGAGACAAAAACUUAGAAAGUACUUGAAAGAAUUCGAAAAAGACAUAUCGAAGUUCAAAGAAAACCCAAAACAGACUGAUGAUGAAGAAGAGGAGGAAAAACAAGAGGCUGCUCAAGACUCAGAUAAUGAAGCUCCGCCAAAAAAUCAAUUCCUUAAAGCCCCUACAAAGCAAAUUGUUGAUGAUAAGGAUGAAUCUUCUGAUUCUGAUGAUUGGCCAUCGGACUCUGAUUCUAGUUCAGACUCAUCUGAUGAUGAUGAAAGCAAAUAUACAAGUAUGAGAGAACGCUUUUUGAAAAAAACUGGGCCUGCUCAUGAAGAUGAUGAAGAUAGAGAGAGAAGGAAAGAAGAAAAGAGGAAAGAUCGUAAGGAUAAAGAUAGAAGGAAGAUGAAAAGAGAUGAAGAAGAAGAUGGAGAGGGAGAAUGGGAAACCGUUCAGCGUGGAGUUGCCAUCCCAAGUGAGAAGCCUAAAAUGUUUGCCAAGGAUGCUGAAAUAGAUUUGAACCUUGUUAUUAAAAAAUUGAAUGAAAUUAUGGCAGCAAGAGGAAAGAAAAGAACAGACAGACGUGAACAAAUUGAGUUGCUUCAUGAACUCCAAAAUGUCUCCGAUCAGCACCAACUGGGACCUGCGAUUUUUGUGAAGAUCAAACUUGCCAUUAUCUCGGCUAUCUUUGAUUACAAUCCCAAAGUUUCUGAUGCAAUGAAACCUGAAUAUUGGCUGAAAUUGUUGGAAAGAAUGAACGAAAUGUUGAUUCUCCUCUUGGCUAAUCCUAAUUUGGUUGUGUCUGAUUCCAUCACUGAGGAAAUGGAGAACUUGGAACAGCCUCCCUAUCAUAUAAGAGGUUGUAUCCUGACCUCUGUGGAAAGACUUGAUGAUGAAUUUACUAAGCUUUUGAAAGAAUGUGAUCCCCACAGUAAUGAAUAUGUUGAGAGGCUCAAGGAUGAAGUCAAAGUAUCUAGCAUUAUUGACAAAACAAUGAAAUAUCUGGAAAUAACUAAUGUUCCAACAGAACUCUGCAGAAUUUACUUGCGUAAAAUUGAUCAUUUAUAUUACAAGCUUGAUAAAAAAGUUUUGAAGCAAAAAGCAGGUGACUUAUCAGUUUCAAAAGAUGAAAUGACUUCUGUUCAAGAAAUGGAAAAGCUUUGCAAAUAUGUUUAUGCAAAAGAUGCCACUGACCGUCUUCGAACAAGAGCCAUACUUUCGCACAUUUAUCAUCAUGCUUUGCACGAUAAUUGGUUCCAAGCCAGAGAUUUGGUUUUGAUGUCUCACUUACAAGAAACCAUUCAACAUUCUGAUCCUAGCACACAAAUUUUAUAUAAUCGGACUAUGGCUCACCUUGGACUUUGUGCAUUCCGCCAUGCCAAUAUAAAGGAUGCUCACAAUUGUUUGGUUGAUUUGAUGAUGACUGGUAAACCUAAAGAACUCUUGGCACAAGGUCUGUUACCUCAGAGGCAACAUGAACGAAGCAAGGAACAAGAAAAAAUCGAAAAACAACGCCAGAUGCCAUUCCAUAUGCACAUCAACCUUGAGUUACUGGAAUGUGUUUACCUCGUGUCUGCUAUGCUUAUUGAAAUUCCAUAUAUGGCUGCUCACGAAUUCGAUGCAAGACGUAGAAUGAUUUCUAAGACAUUUUAUCAACAACUGCGUAGUUCCGAGAGACAGAGUCUUGUGGGACCUCCAGAGAGCAUGCGAGAACAUGUAGUGGCUGCUGCAAAAGCCAUGAGAAAUGGUAAUUGGUCAGCUUGUAAUACGUACAUUAUUAAUGAAAAAAUGAGCGCCAAGGUUUGGGAUCUUUUUUAUCAAGCAGACCAAGUGAGGGCUAUGUUAACAAAGUUGAUAAAGGAAGAAUCUUUGAGAACCUAUCUGUUCACUUAUUCUCAUGUAUACGAUUCUAUAUCUAUGAUGACGCUAGCUGAAAUGUUUGAGUUGGAAAAACCAGUUGUACAUUCCACCAUUUCCAAAAUGAUAAUAAAUGAAGAACUGAUGGCAUCAUUGGAUGAUCCAACCCAAACUGUUGUCAUGCACCGAAGUGAACCAUCCCGUUUGCAGUCUUUGGCAUUACAGUUGGCUGACAAAAUCAAUAAUUUUGUUGAUUCCAAUGAAAGAAUUUUGGAAACGAAACAAGGAAACUUCUUCUUGAGAGGAGCUAACCAGGGCAACUUCAGAGGAGAAAGGCAAAAUUACAGAGGUGGAAAUAAUCAGAAUUGGGAUAGACAGAGGCGUGACAGAGAUAGAAACCGUGAUUGAAUAAUAUUUGCUAUUUGUUGAUAGAAGUUAUUUAUCAAGUUUCAGAAGUCACCAAUAAAUGUUUCAUUU